UGUAGACACUAUCUAUCUAACUAAUGAGUGGGUCAGAUCCUGUUGAUGAUAGAGCUGACGGUAGGAGACUAACACGUGCACAGGCACUAAGGGUACCGCACGUGUUCCAGGCCUUAGAACAGGGAGAAGAAAGACGGCUACGUAGAGCCCGUGCGCUAGCAGCGGGGAUAGCAGCAGCAAACGCAGCAGCUAGAGAGCAGGCAACAACCGCUAGAGCAGCAACGAUGGCUAAUGGCGCAAGCUCUGCUGCGUCAUCAUCUGCGUCCUCGUCAGGGACUAAUGGGGGCCAAUUGGAAAUGCCAACGAGUUCCACAAGUUCCUCGGGCACUUCCGGUUCCACAGGUUCUAGACAGUCUUCUAGUCAAAUGGCGGGCGCGCAAUUCAGCCCGUUGACCCCGCGUCAGAGGGAGCUCAGAGAGAUCCAGCAGGUCGAGAUGCUCCGCCGUAAGUUAGAGCAGGACCUGAAAGAAGCUACCGAUAGAGAAAAUGCGAUGAAAACUAGAGAAGCCAGGCUUGAAACUUUAGAGGCUGACAAGGCUGAAUUAGAGGGCUUGGAUGAGUCAACAUUGACUGACCCGCUGAAAGUAUUGAAGAAGAAUAUGCUGUCAUUACACGCACACGUGGACAACAAAUUAGACUUCAUGCAGAGCACUCUAGACCAGAUCCUGGAUGCGUUGACAAAGCCAAGAUUCCGGCCACCAUCACAAUCGCCGUUGCCGUUAUCGACGAUGUCAGGCCCUUUUCCAGUUCAAGCUGGAAAGGGCGAGGAACUCAACACUUGGUUGAGAACAGUCCCGGUUUGGGUGAAGGCCAAGAGAACCUUGCUAGAGGACGAAGUGGUAAUUGCGGCAUCUUACCUGGAGGGUAAGGCAGCCAAGUGGUUAGAUGGUGUAGUUAUAAAGGCCGGGUAUGGGAGACGCAUGGCGGACUGGGCUAAGUCUUUGACGUUAGACCAGUUCAUGGAAAUGGUAGAAGCUCGUUGGCAUAACCCACAGGAGGCUCAAAAGGCCGCUGAUGCCAUUAACAAACUAGACCAACGCAAGUUCAUGUCAGUUAGAGAGCUUACUACUACCGUUGAGAGCCUGAUCCUCGUCCCAGGCAUUAACUACAGAGACCAGUUCCUAUUGACUACGUUUGUCGGAUGUCUCCCAGAGAACAUUAGGAACUUGCUAGCCAGCGAGGCACGCACUGAGUACCACUCGUUUGAGACACUGUCUAGGAAAGCCUUAGACUUGGAGGCCACACUAGGCAAUGCUCAACCAACCUCUCCCACUGACACGAAGAAGAAGAAGAGUCCUCAGGAGUGGAAGAAGAAGGGAGCAAAGUUGAUGAUGGUUGAGUCUGAUGGGACUCAAACUAAGAUUGAUGAACUCUCUGACCUGAUGGACUAUACAGAGUUUGACGGCGAGGAGGUAGCUGAGGGUAGCACCCUCGCCGCGGUAGUAAAGACUAAGGCAGGUGGCCGAGGGAAGGGCCAACCUAGGGGUCAAGUCAAGGCCGCCUCCAAUCAGACCAAACAGGCUGAGUGGGUUAAGGCAGGUCUUGAUCAAGAUGUGUGGCGUGACCGCCGAACGCGUGGCGCUUGUAUCAACUGCGGGGAAUACGGACACUCUCAGUACAAGUGCCAGAACGCUAAGCACGCUAAGUCUGCCGAGGAGCACGCACAACAUGUUGAGACAGUUUUCUCACUCCUGCGACAGCACAAGUAUAAGGUCAACUUAGAGAAGUGUGAAUUUAGUCGCACUAAGAUACUAUACUUGGGUCAUGAAGUGUCCGCGGAGGGAAUUAGGCUAGAAGAUGCGAAGGUGGCUAGUACUCGAGACUGGCCACGACCUCAGACAGUCACUGAGGUCAGAUCAUUCUUAGGAAUGUGCGGCUACUAUAGAAACUUCGUUAAGAACUAUUCUAUAGUCGCCUCCCCUUUGACUGAUCUAACUCGACUUGACACACCGUGGGACUGGAGUGAUGAGUGCGAGGGUUCUUUCAAGAAAUUGAAGCAUGCACUCAUGAAUCAUGAAGUUCUCAUGGUUCCCGAUCCACAAAAGCCAUUCAUAGUGACCACUGACGCAAGCCAAUACAGCAUUGGCGCAGUGCUGGCUCAGCAGGAUGGGAAAAAGUUGAGACCGAUUGAGUACAUGAGUAAGAAGAUGCCAUCGAAGAAGUUGGCUAAGUCCACCUACGAAAGGGAACUCUAUGCUCUCUACAAGGCACUUGUCCAUUGGAGACACUUCCUUUUGGGAAGGUUCUUCUAUCUGAGGACUGAUCAUCAGACCCUCCAAUGGAUUAAGACUCAAUCGACUCUUUCUGAUGCACUCAAGCGAUGGAUUGAGGUCAUAGACCAAUAUGACUUCAAGCUUGAGUACCUGAAGGGAGAGUACAACAAGGUUGCAGACGCGCUAUCCCGUAGAGCAGACUACCUAGGUGCGCUAGUUUCUGACUUUGGCGUAUCUAAUGAAGUAACUCAAUCAUUGGUGGGAGCCUAUCAUGAAGACCCUGUCACGAUGGACAUCAUUCGCAAACUUCAGGCAAAAGACAAGGCCACAGAAAGUGAGUUUGUGAUGGUGGACGGGCUAAUCUAUCUUGAUAAGGUCGGAAUAAAGAGAUUGGUAGUUCCAUCUAGUGAACAGUUGCGUAGUUUAUUUUUAGGCGAAUGUCAUGACGCAACUGGGCACUUUGGCUACAAGAAGACGAGUGCUAACUUAGUACAGCGAUCUUGGUGGCCCAGAAUGCUAGAUGACGCAAAGAAGUAUGUUGAGACCUGUCAGGUCUGUCAGCAGGACAAGCCGCGAACUCAAGCCCCGCUUGGGUUGUUGAAGCCUUUAUCCUGGCUAGGCUUGAUGUAAUGCCUCAGCAAGUGCUGUACAACUCUAUUCAUUUGUUCGGCCUGUCCGUUGGCUUCGGGAUGA